AUCCACCAUUCAGCAUUUUCUGUUACUUUAACAUCCUCCUCACGAUCUCUCUAUCUUUUUCUUUCUCUCUCUAAAAACGAUGGGCUGUUGUGGUGACAAGGACGAAGAAGACGAUUCAAUUCCUAGUCUCACACGACACCUAAACUCAUCCGAGAUUUCGGGCGAUACAACUACAAUCACAAUCUCUCCAAUGAACUCUCACUUUGCAGCUCUCACUUGCCGAGACACACUCCGGUUAAUCUUCGAGAAGCUUCCGGUUGCUGACCUGGCGCGAGCUAGCUGUGUCUGCAGAGUGUGGAAAACGGUGUCGUCUGAUAGUGAAAUUGUGAAAAAUGCGUUUAUGAGUCCCUGGAAAUUGAAGGGUAUAAUAGGAGAACCUGUGUCUGGGAGUUUUUGGAGAGAUAAUGGAAUUUGGAAAUUUGCUAUUUCUCAUAAGAUUGUUAAAGGUGAUACUGUUGCUAGUCUUGCUGUUAAGUAUUCUGUUCAGGUUAUGGAAAUAAAACGAUUAAACAACAUGAUGAGCGACCAUGGCAUACAUUCAAGGGAGAGGUUAUUAAUCCCUAUAAGCAAUCCAAACCUUCUCAUAAAUGGCACGUGCUAUGUUGAGCUGGAUACCUAUGCAAAAAGGGAAGUGGCAGUGCUGUAUCUAGAGGGCAACCCUGGUAGAAAUCUUAGUUGCUUGUCAAAUUGGGGAACCUCAGACCAAGGCAAGAGAAGGAUUCUCGACUCUUUAAAAAGAAGUAUGCAAGUUGAUGAUGGAACUGCUCAAUACUACUUGUCUAUUUCAAAUGGUGACCCCCGAGGUGCAAUCACUGAGUUCUCUGAAGACCUUAGGUGGGAGAGGCAGGCGGGGUUGAGCUAGGUGAAAAGGGCACUGCUUUGAUUCAGGGUUUUCACACUCCUUAAGAACAUCUUGUUGAGCGAGCAAAGAGCAAAGUGUUAAUAUCAUAUAUGUCUUCCUAAAGAAGAGUACACUUUGGUUCAACAGUAAAGCUGUACUCCUGUAUACUGAUGAUGCUGAAGCAAGCCUGGAAAUUCCUCCUGACAUGGCCAACUUCAACUGCUUCAACUUUUUCCUUUAUUGCAUCUUAAUAAUGCCUCAAGCUAAAUGUAUUAUUUGUAUUUUGUAUGUAAAGCACAUAAUCGUGGACGGACGGACUUUGAGUCAUCUCUGUGGAUUUGUAUUUUAUGAAAUGAAAGGUGUCUUUGUCCA